UCACAUACUACUUGACCCUCAAGAUAGGUUUGCUUCGAAACGGAGUCAUCCAAUAUCCAGCAAGGCCCCCUAGAAGUCCUCAACUAACUGCCGGAGCACCCAGAGCUCUCCUAUAAAACCCACCAACAGACCCAAGACCAUACUGAACCAAACCCUUCCCACCACCAAGCAGUCCCAGCCAUGCAAACCGAGGCCCCAAAGUCCAAUCACCAAACAAUGCCCAUACCCCCAACCCAGUCCCCCGAGACGGCCUCGCCCGCCACCAGCCUCGUCGUGCAGGCCACGCCCGCACACCACCACGCCCUAUCCAAUGACGGAGGAGACCGCCACCACCAGCACCACCGGCGCGACUACCAGGAACCCCGACCGGGGCCGGGCGCGACAGCCUGGGCCGGCGUCGGCGUCGGCGCCACGGGGCUCGUCAUCAUCCUGGGCCUGGCGGCGUGGGCAUGGAGGAGGAGCCGCUGGGAGGUGCGGGAGGAGCCGGUUGGAGAUGCGGAGAUGGGGGAGCGGGGAGGGGGGAAGUAA